AUGGAUAUUGAUGAUUCUUCUAUUUCAAGUACACCUGGGUAUAUGGAUCCGAGUAGUUUCAUCAAGAAGGUUACUGUGAAAGCAACAUUUGAUUAUGAGAGCCGACAAGAUGAUGAAUUGUCAUUUUGCAAGCAUGCUGUAAUUACAAAUGUAGUGAAACAGGACAGUGGUUGGUGGCGUGGUGAUUAUGGUGGAAAACGGCAACAUUGGUUUCCCAGUAAUCACGUAGAAGAAUUACAGGAGGCACACAUAGAAAAAUCUGAUAGCGGUUCAACAGAGUCUAUGUUUUUGGGAAAUUCACAAAAAGGGAGCUUAGACUUAACUGGCGCUUUAGUUGAGAUCGGAAAAUUAAAUCAACUGAAACUUGAGUGGAUGAUCAAAAUACAAACCUCUAAUGCAUGCACCCCAUUCGUUGUAGGUUCAGUAUCACGAGAACAAGCGGAAGAAUGGAGAAAUCUUAUUAUCGAAACUGCCCAUAAUGCCAGUGCAAGAGAAACAGAAAAUAAAAAAAUGGAAAGACAGUUGAAAAUUGCCAAAGAAAUAUCUGAUCUUAUUAUUUAUUGUCGAUCAGUGGCUUUUUGUCUAGAAACACAACGAGAACGUGGAUUUGUACACAAUGAAAUGUCUUCUUUUCCCGAAAAUAAAGCGGAAAAACUUAUGUGUCAUCAAGAAAGCGUAUUCUUCUUUCGUUAUCAUCAAAUUCAAUUUAGUAGAGUAUUUCCAAAAGGUCAACGCAUUGACUCCUCUAAUUAUUCGCCAAUAGCUAUAUGGAAUACAGGAUGUCAGAUGGCUGCUCUUAAUUACCAGUCACCAGAUAAAUCAAUGCAAUUAAAUCAAGCCAAAUUUCGUUUAAACGGUGGUUGUGGCUAUGUUUUAAAACCAGAUUAUAUGUUAGACGAAAGUGAUAAACUCUCAACAAAUUGGAUGGAAGAGACAUUAUCACUAACAGUUUGCAUUAUUGCUGGUCGACAUGUUGGUAGACCAGGUCGUAACGGAAUUUCUAAUCCAUUUGUUAUUGUUGAGGUGUAUGGAGCUGAAUACGAUUCAGGAUUAAAAUUAAAUACACGCACAAUACCUGAUAAUGGAUUUAAUCCAGUUUGGAAUGAAACUUCUGAAUUUGAAAUUGCAAAUCCUGCAGUUGCAUUUAUUAGGUUUGUUGUGAAUGAUGAAGAUAUGUUUGGCGAUUCCAAUUUCAUAGGACAAGGAACAUAUUCGAUAAUUUCAUUGAGGUCAGGUUAUAGAAGUGUUCCAUUAAAAAAUGGCUAUUCUGAAGAUAUUCCUUUGGCGUCUCUCUUAGUACAUAUCACAAUUAGAAGUAAUACUGUUAGCAAACCAAACAAUAAUUUUUUUUUUAAAUCUAUUCAAAGUUAA